GGUUGGAGACAAAGGUCACAAAGUGUUCAAUCUGCCUGUCACAAAUAUUCAAGAUGCUGAAAACACCAGAUGUCCUCCUGCUCUUCUGCCUUGUUGGGGCAGCUGAGGCCCUCUACAAACAGUGGAUUCCUGAUACCAACUACGAGAAUAAAACCAACUGGGACAAAGGAGCUAUUCCGUGUGGCAGUGAUACAGUUCAGUUUUCAGCGCAAAGAAAAGUGUCUGUGUUUGUGGAGACCACACAUGCUGUGCAGGAGAUGAGGUUGCCAGUUGACGGAGAGUUCAUCCUCAAUUCAGGAGCUGGGUUUUAUGUUGUCAGUGGACAAGACCCAGACUGUGGAGCAGGUGUCACGGCCCAGUUCAAAGAUCCAGCAUCUCUUCAGUGGUUUAAUCCAGCUCUGUGGCAAACAGCUGCAACUCUGAAUGACCUGCAUGAUGAAAACUUCCUAUUCUCGGUCCAUGAGGAGAGUGUCCCCUGCCAAUAUGACGACGUUGUUUUUAAAGCCCUCUCAUCCUUCAGCGUGGACACCAGCUCCAGUCAGUCUAGCAUCCCUGUCAAAUCUGUGUCUGUGUUGGGGAAGAUGUUUGGCAGCACAUCUGAGUUCUCCCAGUAUCUCAGCUCACGCUCGGGCCAACUGCAGUUUCACGGAUCGUCUGCUGUCACUGUUGGACACGCAGGCUGUGGGGAUCCUUCUGGCUGUGAAUGCGGGAACUCUAUGAACAAUCAGAAGAUCUGUGGCACAGUAACAUGUGAGUCUGUGAGCUGCAAGAAGCCUCUCCUCCCUGUAGGACAUUGCUGUGAGGUGUGUGGUGCCAUUGUUACCAUCAAAUAUGACACAGGUUUCAACCUGCAGGCUUACAGAGAACGAAUCCGUCAGAUCUUUCUUGUCCAGCCACAAUAUAAAUCCAUCCAGCUGGGCAUGUCUAAAGUGUUUAAUUCACAACGGCUGAUGGAGAUCAUUCCUUUUGGUACUACACCUGAGAUCCAAGUAGUUCUUCUGGAUCAAGAGAAGGGAGCACAGGCAGAGACUCUGGCCCGGGACAUAUUAAAAGAUGUUCGCUCUCAUGGCACUACCAUUGGAAUUGUGGAGGCUGAAUUUCAAGCCUCCUCUGGGAGCAGCAGCAGUCAGUCUGGGAGCAGUGCAGGGAUGGUGGUUGGAGUUGUGUUUGGAGUUUUAAUUAUUAUUACAUUCGCUGUUGUCGUGGUUGUCCUUAUUCGUAAGGGAGUUGUUAAAAAGCCAAGAAUGCCUUCAAUGCCAUCUCUGAGAAGCACAAAGAAAAACAAUGAUUUUGCCCUGAGUGACCCUCUUGACCAUGGGUUUGACAAUCCCAUGUUUGACAAGCCCAGUAUGCUGCCAGAUAUUCCUGAUCUAUAUUCGACAAAUAAUUCACUCUAUGUGACUCAGACAGGUGUGCACUUUGUAAAUCCAGUUUAUGAUGACAAUGAAACAGCUUUUAAUGCUUGAAGUUGAACUUAGUGUAUGUGAAGGAUUACAAUGUUGACGCAUUUUUGCUUUAACAUGAUGAUUUCACAGUGCAUGCAUCAUACACAAUAUAGCUUUAUAAUAAGUAAGCAAUGCAAAUAAGCGCAUGAAUUGCUGACAGACACUGAAGCUUUUAAUCACUAAAUGAACUUGCAAGACAAAUAAAAGAAUUAUUGGCACUCAA